GUUAAUUUUGCAGGCGAUCGUUCGUCGAAACAGGAGAGCCAAACAUAUGGCGGCGGCGUCGCGUCGGUUGCUGCCGAUGGUCAGCUGGCGACUCGCUGCCCCUCAGCCCCUCUCCUCCUCCACCGGCGCCAGCGCCGCCGCCGGCGUCACCGAGGCUGCCCAGGGUAAUCGUGCGGAUACGUGUAUGAACAUCCGAUCAUACAGGACAGAUGCUGCCGCACGUGAAUCACAAGGGAGUUUGGCGUAUAAACAAGGACGGGCCGAUAUGGCCCUAGAUCUCGUGCUCUACGGAAGCGUGGGGGCGCUGUGCUAUGCGAUAUACUUCGAAUAUAAGCAUGACCUUGAAAAGGCCAGAAGGAAUAACCAUUAGAUCUUGAUGAGCUAUGCGUUUAUUUUUUAUUUUUUUAAAUGAUUCCUAAAAAACUCAUA